CCACCACGUCACCUCGUCACUCCCUUACCGCCCAUGCAGCUCAAGGACACUGUCUUCUACGUCACCGGCGGUGCUUCAGGCCUGGGCGCCGCCACGGUGCGGGCGCUGCACGCCCGCGGCGCACUUGUCGGGCUGUGGGAUCUCGACGUCGCCGGCGGCGAGGCGCUCGCCAAGGAGCUCGACGGCUCGGCGGCAGAGGGCAGCAGGCGCAUCGUCGUUUCUGAAGUCGACGUGUGCGAGGAGGACGACGUGGUGAAUGCCAUUGCGGCGUGCGAUAAGCAGUGGCCCAAGAGCACUGUCGGCGGAUGUGUCAACUGUGGAGGCGUGGGCAUGGCGGGCAAGACGAUCAAUGCAGACGGCGAGCCUUUCAACCUGGACACCUUCAAGAAGGUCGUCGAGAUCAACCUCGUUGGCACCUUCAACGUCUCGCGCCUGACUGCGGCACGCAUCGUGCGGGAUCUGCCAAAGCCGAUCAAGAAGCCAGAUGCCAAGACGCCGGACCGCGGCAUCAUCGUGAACACGGCGAGUGCAGCCGCGUUCGAGGGACAGACAGGCCAGGUCUCCUACUCUGCGUCCAAGGGCGGCGUGGUGGGCAUGGGCCUGCCGAUGGCCAGAGAUCUCGCCUGGUUCGGCAUCCGGACAAUGACGCUGGCGCCGGCGCUCUUCCGCACGCCGAUGAUGGAGCGCCUGCCGGAGCGGGCGCGCGAGGUGAUCCUCCGUGCUGCCGAGUUCCCGGUGCGCUUCGGCGAGCCGGAAGAGUUCGGGCACGCCGUCAUUGCGUGCAUCGAGAACCCGAUGCUGAAUGGCUCCUUCAUCCGGCUGGACGGCGCCACCCGGCUAGGCAAGCUCUGAUCCGGCCAGCUACACGACUCCGCGGCAAGCAUAUAUUCGAUGGUGACUGUGUGGAGACGACGAGACCGGCGCGACGUGGCGAAUGCGAGAGCUAGAGAGGG